UAGUUUCAGUAUUUUCCACGAUUCUGUCGCACCGAUAUUAUGUGGAAAGGUAGAAAGUUCUUGUUAUUUGUGCAUAAAACAAGCGCUUAGAUGUAGAAAGCAGGACGAAAAGCGCAAUUUAAAGUUUGAAUCGCAGCAUGAUCAAGAAGAACCAGUUUCCACAUAAAUGUUGCAGUAUACGAUAUGAUUAAACUUAACUGGUGUAAUAUUCUAAAGUUAGUGAGGCCGAGCGACGCUUCUGCGAGCGAGGCCUCAGAAAGCUUAAAUUGGCUUUGAAAUGGAUUCUUACGACCUAUUCGGUGACGACGUAAGUGGCAGUGUAUUAGAUGGUCUUCCGGAUCUAGGAUCUGAAGCUUUUGGUGAUUCGAGUGCUACUGGACCUGGUCCGUCAGUGCGAGAUCCAGGAGGUGGCAGUCAGCAGCAGGUACCAUAUGGAAGUCAUGGGGGAACUCCAUCUGGCUACCCGAGCGGACCAUCUCCAGCAACACAGCAGCAGCAACCUCAAGCACAAGGAGCAGCAGGAGGUCCUCCGCCAGUAGGCGGUGCGACGUCUGGCGAGUCUCCCUUACAAAAACUUGCUACUUUUGGCGACUACAGCACCCACCAGCAGCAGCAACAGCACCACAUGGACCCGUACGGUGGUGGCCAUUAUGACCCCAGCCGUCCAAUGGUUGGGGGCUAUCCAAUGAGCCAUGAAAUGCCGCCGCAGGCUCCACCACCGCCGCAGUCGCGGCGGGGCCGUGGCCACUCGGCCCAGCAGCAACAGCAGCAGCAACAGCAACAACAACAACAACAGUACCCUGGAUAUGGGGAAGGUAUGUACCCUGGUGCCGGCAUGGAGGCGGCAGCGGCUGGUUCAGCGGAGCAUAUGCCUUGGCCUGGCAUGCCAUAUCGCAGCCAAUCGCAGCAGCAACAGCAGUACCAGAUGCAGGCUGGCUAUGGUAGGCACCAACAAAUGGGCUACGAAGCCCUUGGUCAGCAGAAGCAACCGGCUAUGGGCCAAUAUGGUGGCUCAAACAGCGCUAUGAUGGGCUCUCAGCUAAUGCCAAGCCAGCAGCAGCAGGGGCAAUACUCGGUACAGCAGCAGCAACAGCAGCAACGCAUGAUGCAACAGCAACAAAACUACCCAGAGACCCCUGCCUCCUCUGGCCAAAUGUACCCUGGCGGCCAGCAGGGAAGCUAUCCUAGUGGGUACGGCCAGUCUGCUGGACAUCAACGAUUCCCAUACCAGCAGUAUCCGCAACAGGUAAAUAUCCAAUCCCAUCUCUCACCAGACGUUUCCCCUCCCCCUGGAAGUCAAAGAGCUGACAGGAGUCGUAUCACUCAGCCCAAGUCGAAACAGCAGGUGCAACAGCAACAACAGCAGCACGAGCUGGCUGGCUACAACCACCAGAUGCCGCACCACCACCAGUACCAGCAACCGCAUUCGGGAAUGGGCCACUACCCUCAGUCAAGCAAGCAUCCCAGCAUGCAGCAACCUGGUCCACCUCCCUCAAUGGGGGGUGCCAGUCCCCAAUACAGAGCGCCGUACCCGCAGCUGUCUCCACAGAUGUCCCCACGGCCCCCGCAGAUGUCCCCGCGGCCGCCGCAGCCUUCAUCCAAGUUGUCGCCCCACCACCAGCACCUGACUAGUCAACCAAGCAUGUCGCCAGGUCGGCAACCUUCCUCCAAACAACAGCAGCAACAGCUCAAUCAACCGCCUGGCUCCUCGCCGGGACAUAUGUACCCGGGUAUGGGACAGGCACCCAGCACUUUACAGGCUCUGGAGCAAAUGGUAAUGCCCCCGUCGAGCUCAGAGUACCCCUCUUCUGCCGGCGCUUACAGCAGACAGUCUCAGCAACAGCAGCAGCAACAGUCAGGCCCAAGCCCGGGCAUGAUCCCCAGCCCCAUGCAACAGGCCAACAUGGCCGGCCGCAACCCGCUGUCUCCACAGCCGUGGCCACAGCAAAGGCAGCAGCAGGCGUCAGGCCACAUGAGUGGCCCGCCCACGCCGCAGCAGCAGCCAAUGGCAUCACAACAGCAAAUGAACGGUGGCAUGAUGUCUGGCGGCACUAUGCAGGAGAUACCCUCUUCGCAGUCUGGCAUGCCACUCCACUUGACAGUCCCACCUUCUUCCAUGGACACAGAGGCUCACAUGACCCGGCCACGGUCACAAGAUGCACAAUCCGCUCAACAGACAGUACCUGACCCAAGCUCAGAGGGUGACUCUCGCCGGCCGCCGGACCAGUCCGAGUUCAGCUUGGACAAGUUUGUCGAGGGCAAGGAGCAUGCGGUGGAGAAGCAGGAGGAGGAUAAGCCUAAGCCACCAGACGCGUACUCGACGCCAGACUUUGGCGCCUACCAAGGCGACAGUAGUAACAGUCAACCGCCCAAGUCUGACUCUGAAUCAUAUCAGGCGACGCCGCCGCCAGCAGUUUCAGCAGCAGGCGCACGACCAUCGUCGCGACCGCAGUCGUCGAACGGCAUGGCGGCCAACGGGCCACCGCCACCGCAUGCAAUGGGCAUGGGCAUGUCGCAGUUAGGACCUCACGGCAUGUCACAGGCCAUGACGAUGGGUGGACCGCCCCACGGCAUACCGCCUUCAAUGCAUCCCUCUAUGCAAGGUCCUGGCGGUAUGCACAUGAUGGGUCCACCUGGUCACAUGAUGGACAUGCAUGGUGGCUUCAUGCCUGGAGGACCCAUGGGGCAUCAGCAGGAGAUGGCCGCGCUGCAACAGCAGCUUCAGGAGUUUUACUGCAUGCCUCAACAAACGCCAGACAUCCAGUCAAAGACUGCCUGGAUGCAAGAACGCUUGCAGACUCUUCAGCAACAUUGCGCCACAACUCCUUGCAUGGGACCUGGCGCUCACUGCAACUUGCCAAGUCCAAUGCCUUUGCCCAGCCAAUCUCUAGGCAUAGAUCAUAUCCCACCUGUUCCAACUACUGGAAGAGGUCGUGGAAAGGGCUCCCGUGGGCAAAGGAAACCGCGUGGAGGCGGCGGCAAGCGUGGCGCCAAGCACCAAGCACAAAUACCAAGCCCAUAUGAUAUGAUACCGCCGUCAAACGGUGAGAUCAUGUCUCACUUGCCACCAUACGCACAGCAACCACCACCGCCACACAUGGGCAUGCCAAACAUGGCGCCUCAUGGCAUGGAUCCUAUGGGAGGCAUGGGCCCCAUGCAUCACAUGCCCCCAGGCAUGCCGCCCUCAAUGCAGAUGCAGCUGCAGCAUGGGGGUAUGCAGGGGUCACCAGCCCACGCCAUGAUGCAGCAGGGUGUGCACCCUGGUCAGCAAUCUAUGCCCCCGGGCCCGCCCAUUCACCCUGGCCCCCCACCCGGUAUUCCACCCAUGCCAGUACCACCUCAAGGCAUACCACCCCAGAUGCAACAGCUGCCGCCCCCGCAAGUCAUGCCAUCGAGCAUCGCCUCGCCGCUGCCCCCGCCCCUCAUGGUGCCAUCGAGCCCAGGCCUUCCGCAGGUGAUGCAACCGCCCCUGCAGCAGCAACAGCAGCCGCCUCCACCUCCUCAACCCACGCCUAUACCGCCGCUCCAGCCGCCUCCAGAACAAAUGCAGCCAGAGCACCAUGAUCCACCCCCGCCGCCACCCCCUAUGCCCAUGCCACCGCCAGUUGAAGAGGAGGUGCCGCCAGUUAUGGCGUCAGCGCCGCCGCCACUGGUGCCUCCCGAGCCCAUGGAGGAGAUGCCACAUCAGUUGGAGGAAGCGGAACCGCUUCCAGAGCAGUCUGACGAUGCUCCCCUGCCAGAGCCCAUGGAGACCUCAGAGGAAUCACCAAUGGAGCCUGAAAAUCCGCCGGCACCACCAGUGCCACCACCCAUGCCAACGGACUUGCUCCAGCCUCAGGAGCAGCAGGCCAUGCCUGUGGUGCCGCCACAACCAGCCCUGGCAUCGGUUGAUGAGGACCCUUACUCCAUUGAGGAGUUUGAUGAGAAGCAGAAAAAGCCAAAAACGCCAAGGAAACCUAGAGAGCCUAAAAAGCCAAAGGAGCCUAAAGUGCCAAAGGAACCUAAAGAGAAAAAGUCAAAGAAAAAAGAAGAUGGCGAAGAUAGCAAGGGAAAAUCUCGAAAGUCUCGGAAGAAGAAGGACAGUGAGCAAGAGAGCUCGGUCCUUGAAGAAGAGAGCAAAGACGAUCAGUCUAUCGAAGCUGUCAGCUCUGAAAUGAAGGAGUCUGAGAGUCCGAGUGACACUCCAACACAGGAUGAUGACGCUAAGAUGGAUAUUAAGGGUGAGGGUGAUGAACCCUCUGAGUCAUCUGCUCCGGCCACUCCAAUUAAGAAGGAAACCAAAAAGCGUAUCCGCCCCCCUAAAAGUGUAGCCGCGAAGCGAAACCGCAGCCUGAAAAGCAUGAUCGCAAAUAAAGGAAAGAAGGGCCGGCGAGGGCUGAUCGGCAAAGACUCAGAUGGUCCCUCUGAUAUGGAGGGCACACCUCCUCCCUCGCCGCCACCAGAGGAUGACAGCGUGCACAAGCGGCGAUCGGCCCGCAACACACAACGCAAAAAAUAUACUGACGACAUUGAGUUGAGUAUUUCUGAUGAAGAGAUCCCUGGCAAUCUUAUUUUAGACUCCAACGCCAGCACUCCCAAAGGCGGAAACAAGGCGGAGGCACAAUCUCCUGAUGAGACUCAAGUGGGUGCGUCUACCCCGGCUGCACCUGGCACCCCGACUGCUAGCUCCACCUCUGGUGGUGGUAAGAAAGCCAAGGCUGAGGAGGAGCAGCCAGCGGCCGACUCGAACGUCAAACCCAACUUUGUGUACAUUAACACAGGCGAUGAAGACUCCAUGGUGGUGCAGUAUGUGCUGGCAGUUCGAAUGGGCAGGCGACCAGCUAAAAAACCUGAGGCGCCACCUGCCACUGCAACCGUCGACCAGGAGGAGGAGAAGAAACCUGAGGAAAAGGCUGAACCUGACCAAGAAUCUGAAGCAAUCAAACCCGAGCCAAAGGAAGAAGAAUCUCAAAGUACUGAUGAGAAGAAAAAUGAGGAGGAGGAUGAGAAGGCUGACCAUGACAAGACUGUCCAGCAGCACAAGUUCCACUUGGACGAGGUUACGGCGGCGGAGGAUAUGGAGGAGGUUGAAGAGUACUUUGUCAAGUACCGCAGCUUCUCAUACCUGCACUGCGAGUGGCGCACUGAAGAAGAGUUGGUCAAGGGUGACAAGCGCGUCUCGGCCAAGCUCAAACGCUUCAAACAAAAGCAGACUCAGCAGUGCAACAUCUUUGAGACGCUAGAUGAGGAGCCCUUCAAUCCAGACUAUACCGAAGUUGACCGCGUGCUGGACGUGACUGAGCAUGAAGACCCAAACGGCAGUGGUGCGCCAACCAAGCAUUACUUGGUUAAGUGGCGUUCCCUGCAAUACGAAGACUCCACCUGGGAGCUGGAGGAGGAUGUGGAUCCUGAAAUGAUUCAAAACUACCUUCGCUGGCAGAAGGUUCCACCCAAGGAGCAGUGGAAGCCAAAGAAGCGGCCACGGCCUGAAGACUGGAAAAAGUUAAACGAGUCGCCUGUGUACAAAAAUGACAACAAGCUGCGCGAGUACCAGCUUGAGGGUCUUAACUGGCUGCUGUUCUCGUGGUACAACAGCCGCAACUGCAUAUUGGCCGAUGAGAUGGGCCUUGGCAAGACAAUCCAGUCGCUCACUUUCAUUCACGCUGUGCACCAGUAUGGCAUCCGCGGUCCGUUUCUUGUUGUCGCACCCCUGUCCACCAUUCCCAACUGGCAGCGCGAAUUUGAGGCGUGGACCGACCUCAACGUUGUUGUCUACCACGGUUCGUCUGCCAGCCGCAAUAUGCUCACUGAAUAUGAAGUCUUCUUUAAGGACACCAAGGGCAACGUCAUUAAGGAUGUAACCAAAUUCAAUGUACUGAUCACAACCUUUGAGAUCAUCAUUUCUGACGUUAUGGAACUGCGGCCGUUUAACUGGCGUCUGUGCGUCAUUGACGAGGCGCACCGACUUAAAAACCGGAACUGUAAGCUGCUUGAGGGCCUGAGAUUGCUCAAUCUGGAGCACAGAGUGUUGCUGUCAGGAACACCGCUGCAGAACAACGUUAAUGAGCUGUUCUCGCUGCUCAACUUCCUCGAGCCUACGCAGUUUUCUAGUUCAGAGAGUUUCUUAGAGGAGUUUGGCCAGUUGAAGGACGAAACAGAGGUGCAGAAAUUGCAAGUGCUUCUAAAGCCGAUGAUGCUGCGCCGACUGAAGGAGGAUGUUGAGAAGUCAAUCGCGCCCAAGGAAGAGACUGUGAUUGAGGUGGAGCUGACUAACAUCCAGAAGAAGUAUUACCGCGCCAUUCUUGAGCGCAACUUCUCCUUCCUGUCGAAGGGUACCACAUCCGCAAAUGUACCUAGUCUCAUGAAUACCAUGAUGGAGUUGAGGAAGUGCUGCAUUCACCCAUAUCUUCUUAAUGGUGCUGAGGAUCAAAUUCACAUAGAAUUCCGUCAAGCACAAGGCGAAGAUCCUGACGCAUAUUACAAGGCGUUGAUUCAGUCGUCUGGUAAAAUGGUCCUGGUCGACAAGCUGCUGCCCAAAUUGAAAGCUAACGGACACAGGGUACUUGUAUUUAGUCAAAUGGUGCGCUGCUUGGACAUUCUUGAAGACUAUUUGGUGUACAGAAAAUAUCCUUUUGAGAGGAUAGAUGGCCGAAUUCGAGGCAAUCUUAGACAGGCUGCGAUUGAUAGGUUCUCGAAACCUGAUUCAGAUAGAUUUGUCUUUUUGCUGUGUACAAAAGCCGGAGGAUUGGGUAUCAACCUGACCGCAGCUGACACUGUAAUUAUUUACGACAGUGAUUGGAACCCCCAAAAUGAUCUCCAGGCGCAAGCACGUUGUCAUCGCAUUGGUCAGCAAAAGAUGGUCAAAGUGUACCGUCUGUUGUGUCGCAACACUUAUGAGCGUGAAAUGUUUGACAAGGCUUCCCUGAAGCUGGGUCUUGACAAAGCUGUGCUUCAGAGUAUGAAUACAGCACAGGGUGGCAAGGACCCAAACUCUAAACAGCUGACCAAGAAAGAAAUCGAAGACCUGCUGAAAAAAGGCGCUUAUGGUGCUAUCAUGGAUGAGGAUGAAGGCGACAAGUUCUGUGAGGAGGACAUUGACCAAAUUCUUGAGCGGCGCACCCAGGUGAUCACUCUGGAGUCGGAAAAAGGCUCCACUUUCUCCAAGGCUAGCUUUGCCAGCUCAGGAAUCAGGUCGGACAUUGACAUUGAUGAUCCUGACUUCUGGGUCAAGUGGGCAAAGAAAGCUGACAUUGAUAUGAAGGACGGAAACGAUCUCAGCGAGUUAGUUAUCUCAGAGCCAAGGAGGCGCACCCAAAUAAAGCGUUACGGUCAGGAUGAGAGCGUGAUGGAUAUGUCUGAAUUGGACUCGUCAUCUGAUAGUGACGAAGAUGGUGGAGUCCGGGGCACACGAAGUGGCCGGAAGCACAAGACCAAGUUUGGCAGAAUUAAGGCUAGGCGGUAUGAGGAGUACGCCACUGAGGGAGACGUCGUGUACGGUAGCUGGUCCAGGUCUGAGUGCUUCAAGGUCGAGAAAGGUCUUCUUACCUAUGGAUGGGGUCGGUGGAAUGAAAUCCUUAUUACCAGCCAGUUCAGGCAAGGCUGGCGGGAAAGUGACGUGGAGGACUUGGCGAGAGUCAUUGUCCUGUACUGCUUGCGUAUGUUCCGAGGAGACGAAAAACUUCGUCAGUUUUCGUGGGACUUGGUCACGCCGCCUGAAUUUGCGACUGACAAGUCUGCCAACCAACAAGGUGGUAGAGGUAGGAAAUCAAAGAAGAGACCAGUCGACGACACAAGUCAAGACUGGAGUCGCGAUGAAAAAUAUGACGGCGAUAUUUUCCUAGAGGGAAGCUACAAGAAACAUUUGUUGAGACACUCAACCAAGGUUUUGCUACGAAUCCGAAUGCUUCACUACGUAAAGCACGACAUUGUUGGUGAACUGGCGCAGCAGAUCACUGAUGGCGUGGCUCUGGGCCACCUGCCUUUAGCCGCGGUGCCUACGCCACAAGAGUUGCCCCCGUCUUCGUGGUGGGGUCCCCACCACGACCAGUCGCUCGUGGUCGGCGUCUACAAACACGGUUACGAAAACUACGCGCUCAUGAGGGCAGAUCCGUGCCUCAGCUUUUUGGCCGUGUGUGGCCCGCCGACCAAAGCAGAACUUGAGGCGCAGGGAACGCAACAGACCAAGCGAAAACAAAUCACUGACGAAGAGCUGGGCAAGAUUUCAGACGACGACGAAGCUGAGGCCGAGCCCGUCGAGUUAGAAGGCGAGCACCCUGUCGAGGGUGGCGAUAAGGCACCCUGGCCCUCGGUGGCCGAUCUCAACACAAGACUGAGACGCGUCAUCACAUCAUACCAGCGUAAUUUCAAGCGUGAGGAGAUGAAGAUGGCGCAGCGAGCCAAGAAUGAGAAGCGCGAAAAGAUGGAGCAGUUGCUGCGCGGUCGUCACCACCACGCUGCCUUGGAAUCCGUGCGCCGCUGGUCGCGCAAGGAGGAGGCUGACUUCUUUCGCACUGUUUCCUCCUUUGGAGUCGAGUACGACAGAAAACGUGGUCAAUAUGACUGGAACAAGUUUAGAAGCAUAUCUCGCCUUGAACGGAAACAGGAUGAGGCAAUGACUGAAUACUACAGGGCAUUCUGUACGAUGCUGAAGCGAGUGUGCGGUAUGAAGCUCACAGAGGAUGAAGAACUUCUAGAUAUUGUUGUUGAUCCGAUCUCUGAGGAGAAAGCGAGGCGAACGCUAGAGCGUUUAGAUUUGUUGAACAAGGUACGAGAAGAAACUAUCUUCAGCCCCAAUUUAGAGGAGAGACUGAAACUGUGCCAAUCUUCACCUGACCUGCCUGAAUGGUGGCUGUCAGGCAAACACGACAAGGAGCUUCUUCUUGGAGCUGCUAAGCAUGGUCUGGGAAGAACCGAAACAUACAUCUUGAACGACGCAGAUUUCUCAUUUAGAGACGUGAUGAGACAAUACGCUUGUGGCCAAGUUCCCGCUCACGUGCGUAGUGCUGCUCGCAAGGCUGAAGAGUCGGAAGUGAAAAAGUCCAAGGAAGAAGAGGAAGCCGCAAUAGGUGCGAUCAAACUUGAAAGGCCAGAAGACAUUCUGCGCAUUGACAAGGAUGAGAUUAUCGUAAAGCUGGAGAAGGGCGAGGGAACUCUAAAGAUCGAAAAAAUAGGCAUGAAGAAAGACUUGGCCCCAACUACAGCCCCUGCAUCGGUUAAAGAAGACAAGGAUGAAGUUGAACUCACUAUUGUCGCACCUAAACCUGGCGAGGAAGAGAAACAUGUUGAGGGUGAAUGUACUGAGAAACCAGUCGAAGAGCUUGCUGAGGAAUCUGCGGCAAAGGAGGUGACUGAGAAGCCCAAGAGCCCUGCUGAGAUUGAGAAACCCAAGGAAGAAGCCGAAAAGAAAGAGGAAACUGAGCAGCAGCCUGAAGAAGAAUCUGAAAUUAAAGAGGCCAAAGAAGAUGAGAAGGAGAAUAAAGAGGAAAAGUUGGAGGAAGAAGAGAAAAUGGAAGUUGAUGAGGAGAUAAAACCAGAUGACAAGGUGGAGGACACUGAGUCAGAGAAACCAACUGCGGACGUGGAAAAGUCAAAGCCUGAGACCACCAAAAAGGAAAAGAAGUCUAAGAAAGAGCGCGCUGCAGAGAAAGCUGCCGCAGCUACUGAGGAACCGGAAAAGCCUGAGCCAAGGUGCACAAGGCGAAAGAGCCAAGCCGCAGCGGCUGCAGCAGCGGCUGAGGCGAGAGCUAAGUCAAUUGACUCCAAACCAAAAACUCCUGAAGAAAUCAAAGAAGAGGAGAAAAUCGAGGAACAGGCUGCUAGUCCUGAAAAAGAAAAGGAGCCCGAAAAGAUUGACGUUGAUGAGGAAAAUAAGGAGGAAAAGAAGGAAGAAGAGAAGGUUGAAGUACCUGAGGGGGCUGAAAAAGAUGAAAAGCAGGACGAGCCUACCAUGGAGAAGGAAAAAGAGUCUGAAAAAGAGGAAGAGGAACCAGAAAAACUUGAAGAAAAGAUCAAUGAAAAGGAGAAGCCUAUCGCCGUUAAAGAGAAGGAACAGACUGCUUCCGCUGAUGUUCCGUUACCUCCACCUGAUCUCAAAGCUCUUUUCCCUGAUCUUGAAGUCAUCCAGCCACUCAGCAAGCUAGCUGAAUUGGACACAUUUGUAUUCAGGGAUAAGCGUGACUUCUCCAGCAGUGACCUGAGUCUCGCUCACAUGCUGGCUGCGCAAAGUAGCUUCCACACAAGUAAAUUCAGCUGGCCAAAGGAUAAUGUUUUGCAGUCGCGCCUUGAGCAGGUGGUGAUAGCCGUGGAUUCAAAUGAGUGGCCACCGCCAAGACCAAUUCCACCAUUUCCAAGUGAUCUGGAAAUCUUUGCCAACACACCACCCGGCGGAACUCCACGCCGAGACACGCCUACUUUGUCACUUGAAGAGCAGCAGCUGGCCGAUCUGCACGGUGUUAUGCUGCAGCACGCGCACCAGCAGGGUCUUUCAAUAUCGAGAGCAUCUGCCAUGGCGGCAGCAGCGCUAGCGUCCAAGAAGCGCAAACGCCAGCACAUCGCCAUUGACGUUGAGACUGAGCGUGCCAAACUGCACGCACUCCUUCAGAACAGUCACUUGCAGGCUAGCAAACUUUGGGACGAUGAAUCUCUCUCAGAGGAAUCUCGACGUUCAACUCCAAACCAAUCUGCUCUUGGACAGCCGCCACCAGCGCACCAAAACACAUCGUCAAGGGUGCUGAAUAUGCCACUGAGUCCCUUCGAACUUAAAUUCCACACAGGCGCUUCAUCAUCUGCCGUAGCGGCAGCUGCUGCCAAAGGUGGUCUUAUGGGCCCAACUCUGAUCCCAGGGACUUCAUCAACUCUCACACCUAUAGAUCUGUCCUCAGGCUUCUACCACAGCCUCCCAAAGAUGGAGUGUCCUACGUCGAGUGCGCUGGAUGUGUCACGGGCACGCGGUGGCGACGACGGUGGCGGCGAGGCGCCGCAGGACUUCAGCCUGCCUAGCAAGAACAAGAAGAGCCGCCUGGACGACAUGCUGGACAAGCUGAUGAAGCGUAAACAAGAGGAGCCGGCCGCUUCCGCGGGCGGCAAGGAGAAGAAGCGGCGCAAGUUGGACGAGAUCGUGAUGGGUCUUAGCUCUGCGAAGGCUGAGCAACAGCAGGCGGCGCAUGCUGGCGUUGCUGAGCUGAUCAAAAAGACAGCAGCGACCAUCAGCGUGGUCGGCGGCACUAACACGUCGCCGGCCCACCAGCAGCCACCGUCGCACCUGCCGCCACCCCCGGGUGGCGCCACUCUCCACCCUCUGCUGCGGCCACAUGUGCACAAGGGCGCGCCCACGCCGUCCAACCACCCACCCAUCUCGUCCGCCUCUAAGCCGCCAUUCACCAUCACGGUGACGUCAGUGCCUUCUUCGGCGGCCUCAUCUUCCUCCAGGGCGCCGCCGCCGCCCAUGCCACCCAUUUCCAGUGCCGCCUGCAAGGACACGUUUUCAUUGCUGCCGCAACCAGACCUGGCGGCGUCACUCGCCUUGCUAACCGGCGCGUCGGGCGGUAAGAAGGGCUCUUCACUGGGUAUGUCGCUACCAUCAGCACAUAGCAAGAUGUCAUCGACAGCAGCCGCGGCCGCGGCUUAUGAGGCUGUGCUGGCCGACAUGAACAAAAUGGCCGACCUCUCGGCCAAGGUCAGUUCAUACUCGCAAGAAGCCAAGGUCAAAAAGUGGUUGUCUGAGCAAAGCGGCCUUGUCAACAAUGACCUCACCGCCGACUUCCUGGCACGUAGACGCAAGCCAAGGCAAGAACAAACGCCUCCCAUCUUGGAUUGGAAAAAGAUCACUGGAGAAGAGAACAUUCCGGUCAUCAACCGAUCAACUGGCAAAAAGUUAACCGGCAGUAAAGCUCCAUCUUUGAAACAACUGGGUCAGUGGCUUCUGGAGAAUCCCAUGUUCGAAAUUGACCCCAAGUGGAAUGAAAUGCUCAAAGAGAUGGGUAACUUCCCUACAAGCGCUUCUUCAAAACGCGGUGGUGGCUCUGGCCAGCAAAGCAGCGCGUCGGCCGCGGCUGGCUCAAGUAGUGGCCAGGGCAGCAGCAAGAAGAGCAGCUCGAGUCGAUCAGUGCAGCAGGCUUCUGCGUCUGAUGCUAACAGCUUGGCCGCAGCGGCCAUGGGGCUGCCGUUCAACCCAUCGUUAGCGGCUUUGUCUGGGCUAAACCCCAGUCUACUGUCCAGCCUGGGACUAGGUGGAUUCGAUCCGAAAAACCCGCUGGCCAGUUUCGACCCAAAGUCCCUAGGCUUUGACCCAAAGUCCCUCGGCUUUGACCCAAAGUCGCUUGGGUUUGACCCUAAAUCACUCGGGUUUGACCCCAAGUCUCUAGGCUUCGACCCCAAGUCACUUGGGUUUGACCCCAAAUCCCUGGGCUUCGACCCUAAGUCGCUCGGGUUUGACCCGAAGAACCCGCUGGGCCCAUUUGACCCGAAGAACCCGCUGCUGCUGCCAGCGUUUGCAGCGGCGGCCGGCUCGAUGCCUAGCAUGAGCAGCCUUGCCGGCCUCUCAGGUUUCGGUGGGCUGAGCAGUAACCUGUUUGCCAACCUGGCCAGCCUGGGCUUUGGACUUGAUGGCUCCGAAGGGCAGGGGGCGUCCACCUCCGCAGGCUCAUCCAAGAGUAAGUCUCGCAGCUCGGCGCCCAAAGAGUCCAAGAGCUCGCUGUCGGUGUCGCAGGCGGCGGCUGUGUCAUCCGCCUCGGCGUCCAUCCCAACGUCUUCCCUAAAUCUCUUCUUCCCGAACCCGUCGUUGCUGUACACGCCGCUCGGCCUGGGUGGACUCAACCCGUUCGGUUCGUCCCCGUCGUCACUGGGCUCUGCCUACGACAACUUGGUUCAGCAGAGCCAGUUGCUCAACGGCAUGGGCACCUCUUCCGCGACCACCAUUACCAGCAGCAGCAAGGGCCAUCGCUCCAGCAGCCAGUCGUCGUCGUCCAACCACAAGCGGGCCUCGUCUGCCCUCGAGAAACAACAGCAGCAGAUCCAGCGAUUACUCCUGCAGCAGCAGCUGGACGCGGCCAACGAGCUGGCCCGCGCCCAACUGGAGAAGGCGGCGGCCAAGGCGGCCGAGGACGAACCCAAAUCCUCCGGACGCCACAAAAGCAAGUCGCGUAGCCAAGGCUUAGGCUCGCUGACAAAGCUCGAGGAGACGGUGAGCAAGCUGGCCGAGCGUAAAGGCCUACGAAACAAGGUUUCCAGGGAGGGCUCUGAGGAGAAGGAGGCGGCGGCCGUAGCUGCCGCGGCCGCUGAGACCGAGACCGACCAACCCCCUGACGAGAAGCAGGCAGGCGAGGAAGAAAAGGCGCCCGAGGAGGAGGCGUAGCUCAGCACAUCUUUUACUUCGCUGUGCGGAUCGAACUUGUAAAUAACUUUCUUUCGAAUUUAGCAGCUUUUUUAAUGCGAGCAGACGAGCGAGAGACGAUUACUCCCCCACCCCCUGACUUUUCCUGUGUUUUUUGCCAUCUGUGAUAUAAAUUUUGUUGCCGCCUACCUCUCUUAUCUUCUUUUUUCCAUGCCCUACGCUUAAAAACCGGACUCAAAACAGAAAGAAACUGACCCAAUGAUUGUAGAGAAAACGCUGUUGGCUGGUGAAUGUAUUAAUGCACACACGUACUUUUUCGGGUUUGGUGUAAAAAAGAAGAAGACGAGGCGCUAGGUCGAGAGAUCAGACUUGUGAACAGUGCGAACGCGCAGCAGGAAAGUGGCCCACGAACCUCUCUUGUGCAACGUGCUGAUUCCCGAAAGUAAAAACUAUGCCUUUCGACCACCCCUCGAGGCGAAUGAAUGUUUUGUUUUGUUCGAGAGUGAUCACGACGGACAACUAUUUAUUUUUACUGUAGCUACAAGGAAACCUGCAUCAUUGAUUCAAAGGAGUUGUAAAUUUUCGAGCGAGCGACAGAGAUUCCCAUUUGUUAACGGAAACCAACAAUUUGUUUGUACGACUGUCAAAAGAGUGAAAUUUGAAUUUGACGAGAAAGUGAUGGUGUUUGAAAAAAGAAAUUGCCCACACUCUCUCUCACACACACACACACAUACACAUACAUGCAGUAUCAUCACAAAUAAACAACUUGGUCCAAGACUGGAUUCGUUUCCAUCACGUUUUUGGUGUUUUGAUUCAUGUCGACAAGCAGAAACUCGCUAAAUUGGACCUGAGAGACUGAGCGCCCCGGGGUGAGGGAGCAUCCCCCAAAUUGCCACCCGCAUCCCGCAGCGCUCGCACCUCUUGGCGGCUGAACGAGAGAAGGACGUAAGAGGCCUUGUAGAUUUUACAGUCAAGUCGAUUCACACUUUCACAAACACACACUCUUACUAGGGCAAUAGACAAAUUUGGUUUCUCAUCUGAUGUACAGAAGUGACCGCAAAUCGAGGAAUGCGAUUUUUUGUUACUUUUUACUUUGCAUUUAUUGGGUAGCAGCAGCAGCGCGAGUAAUUAAUUUAAUUUAUUAUCUGUUGACGUUCUCAGCAACCACUCAUUCUUAAAUGUUUAUUGACUGGUAGACCAUGUGUCUCUCUUCACUGAAUUUUUAUCCAAUCAGUUGUUACUUCUUUGUGAAUGGAAUUUAAUCAAUAGACACACACAAACACUCGGACACAAAUAGUUGCAUACACGCGCGAGCAGACACAUUUUACAUACUUCUCUUCAUAUUAUUCGGUUUCAUGGAUAUUUAUCAGAAAUGUUUUGUACAAAGGGCGAUGAUGAGGAUACUUUAAACAGUGGAAAAUGCUUCAGUUGUAAUUUGGUGUCAAUAUUACCACCAAAGGUGCGUAUGUGUUUAAAUAAAAUACUCUUACAGUAUUAA